AAUGGAUAAAAAUAGCAGUCUUAUCAGCGAAGCGCAGAAAAAGCUUGCUUCAAGCGGAAACAAUUAUGCUGACGUAAUAAUCGCGGAUGAAGGUGAUGGGUUAACCACCGUCAGAAUCGUGGCUCCUGGCAAAAGCUCUGGAACCAGUGGCAUACCUCCAUUCAAGACCUGCUCUGGCUAUACCUAUUACAAGAUCAAAUCUGACAUCAUUACUCUGAAGUAUACAACAGAGACCUAUACCAACGGCAACACCUACGACGGGGAAAUUAAGGUCAGCACUGGGAAAAGACACGGGACAGGAACAUAUAAAUGCAAGAGUGGGAGUAAGUAUGUUGGACAAUUCGUUGAUGGGAACAUGGAAGGAAAAGGAACAUGUUAUUAUGCCAGUGGGGAUCAGUAUGAAGGGGAUUUCAUGAAUGGCAAAAGGCAUGGACAGGGAGUAUAUACCUGGAAACACGGAGAGACUUACACAGGGAGGUGGGCUAACCACUCUCGGAAUGGGCAUGGAGUGAACACGUACAAGAAUGGGGACAGAUAUGAGGGAAAUUUUGAAAAUGGUAAGAGGAAUGGAUACGGGAUAAUGUAUUAUAAGAGUGGAGGAAAGUGGGAAGGACAGUGGAAGGAUGACGAGCAGGUGGAGCAAUAUAAUAAGGAGAAGAAAGUUGAAUAUGAAGUUAAGAAGAAGGAAAGCUCUUGUAUCAUCUUUUAAAUCAUAAAGAUUG